GGGACCCCACCCCCGGCCCCGGCCCGGGACAACACCCCCCCCCGCGGCGGGAUCCCGGGAUUCCCCACCCCGCAGCCCGGGGACGCGGCCCGGCCUGCAGGUGGGAGCAGCGCGGAGCCUCCGGGAGCCCAGAGCUGACGGUGCAGAGAGGGUCCAUGCUUGUGAUUUCUCAAUGGAGAGUGAAAGCACAGACUCAUAAUGAAAACCAGCCCCCGUCGGCCACUGAUUCUCAAAAGACGAAGGCUGCCCCUUCCUGAUCAAAAUGCCCCAGGUGAAACAUCAGAAGAGGAGCCUAAGAGGCCCCCUGCCCAACAAGAGCCUAGUCAAGUGCAGGCCUCCAAGGAGGUGGCAGAGUCCAACCCUUGCAAGUUUCCAGCUGGGAUCAAGAUUAUUAACCAUCCCACUAUGCCCAAUACCCAAGUGGUGGCUGUCCCCAACAAUGCCAAUAUCCAGAGCAUCAUCACAGCACUGACCGCCAAGGGAAAGGAGAGUGGCAGCAAUGGGCCCAACAAAUUUAUCCUCAUCAGCUGUGGGGGAGCCCCAACUCACCCUCCAGGACCCCAGCCUCAAGCCCAAACCAGCCAUGAGCCCAAGAGCACAGAAGUGAUAACUGAGACCCUGGGGCCAAAGUCUGCAUCUCGGGACACGAAUCUUCCUAAACCACCUGCAGCCCUUCCUGGGCGGAGAUGGGAGAGCUAUGGUACGUGGACUGCAAGGCAAAGGGCUGGAGGCGAGGCAGCGGGCUGCCCUCUAGACAACAGCUUGACCAACAUCCAGUGGCUUGGAAAGAUGACUUCCGAUGGGCUGGGCUCCUGCAGCAUCAAGCAAGAGGUGGAGGAAAAGGAGAAUCGUCACCUGGAGCAGAGUCAGGCUAAGGACCCUCAGGUUGAGGGGCCCCCAGGGACAUCGGCCUCCUGGCCACACUCUGCGUCGGAGCGGCCACCAUACUCUUACAUGGCCAUGAUACAGUUUGCUAUCAACAGCACAGAGAGGAAGCGCAUGACCCUGAAAGACAUCUAUACUUGGAUCGAGGACCACUUCCCCUAUUUUAAGCACAUUGCCAAGCCAGGCUGGAAGAAUUCCAUUCGCCACAACCUCUCUCUCCACGACAUGUUUGUCCGUGAGACGUCCGCCAACGGCAAGGUCUCCUUCUGGACCAUUCACCCCAGUGCCAACCGCUACUUGACGCUGGACCAGGUGUUUAAGCCACUGGACCCAGGGUCUCCACAGUCGCCCAAGCACUUGGAAUCACAGCAGAAACGACCCAACCCUGAGCUCCGCCGGAACAUGAGCAUCAAAACCGAACUCCCCUUGGGCGCACGGCGGAAGAUGAAGCCACUGCUGCCUCGGGUUAGCUCGUACCUGGUGCCCAUCCAGUUCCCCGUGAACCAGGCCCUGGUGCUGCAGCCCUCAGUCAAGGUGCCACUUCCCCUGGCAGCCUCACUCAUGAGCUCAGAGCUUGCCCGCCACAGCAAGCGAGUCCGCAUUGCCCCCAAGGUGCUGCUGGCGGACGAAGGCAUUGCCCCCCUGCCCACGGCAGGACCGGUGAAAGAGGAGAAACUCCUGCUGGGAGAAGGGCUGUCUCCCCUGCUGCCAGUCCAGGGCAUCAAGGAGGAGGAAAUCCUGCCUGGAGAGGAAGCACCACACUUGGGGAGGCCCAUCAAGGUCGAGAGCCCGCCCCUGGAGGAGUGGCCCUCGCCCUGUCCGUCUGUCAAGGAGGAAUUGUCCCAGUCCUGGGAGGAUUCAUCCCACUCUCCCACCCCUCGGCCCAGGAAGGCCCAUGGUGGGCACAAGUCCCCUGCCCGCUGCGUCUCUGACAUGCUUGUGAUUAAACGAAGGGAGAGGAGGGAAAUGAGCCGGUCUCGAAGGAAACAGCACCUCCUGCCCCCAUGUCUGGACGAGCCCGAGCUGCUCUUCGCUGAGGGCCCCGGGCCUUCCCGGCCAGCCACAGACCUCGCCCUCCCUGCAGUGUCCACGCGGCCUGCCUCCCAGCUCAGCUGCUCCCAGGAGGAGGGCGGACCUUUCAAGACACCCGUUAAGGAGACUCUGCCCAUCUCCUCCACCCCGAGCAAAUCUGUCCUCCCCAUGAGCCCUGAAUCCUGGAGGCUCACACCGCCAGCCAAAGUUGGGGGGCUCGAUUUCAGCCCAGUACGAACCCCCCAGGGUGCCUUGGGUCCCCUGCCUGACGCCCUGGAGCUGACGGAUCUUGGCACCACCCCGAUGAAAAGUGUCCCCCUCUUUGACUCACCCCGAGAGCUCCUCAAUUCCGAGCCCUUCGACCUCACCUCUGACCCCUUCAGCAGCUGUUCCCCCUCAGAUAUGGAAGUCCCCAAGCCAGGCUCCCCUGAGCCGCAGGUGGCCAGCCUCUCAGCCAACCGCUCUCUGACCGAAGGCCUGGUCCUAGACACGAUGAAUGACAGCCUCAGCAGGAUCCUGCUGGACAUCAGCUUCCCUGGCCUGGAGGAGGACCCGCUGGGCCCGGACGGCAUCAGCUGGGCUCACUUCAUUCCCGACCUGCGGUAGAGACGGGACCUUGCCCUUGCCACUCAGCUGUCUGAGCUCCCAGCGCUCGUGUGGCUGGCCUUCCAAGCGCUCUUGAGUGAGGACAGCAGGCAGGGGCCAUCCGCUCCUCAAGCCCUACCUGGCCUGGCAAUGCCAAGGCAGGUGUCACGCUGUAGCCACCCUGGGCCUUCCCCAGGCAGCCGGUUUCUGUGCCACUUGCUCCCCGAUAGAAUCUGAUCCCUCGCUCCCUACUGGGAGCUGAUGAUGGGAACAGCAAAAACAAGGGUGAAAAAAGUGGGAGCCCCCAGACUGUUUGCAUCUGUGCCCUGCAGCCUCCCACAUCCCUGCUCCCUUCAGGGUGGCCCUGUAAAUAGUAUAUAUCCUCCAAAUUAUCCUCUAAUUAUAAAUGUAAGCCUCUCUCCUUAGAUCACUAUCUAGACUGCCAGAAGUGGGGAGGGUGACGAGGGGGGUCACUUUGCUUCUGGCUCCUGGAUGAGGGAGAGCCUGUAGCACCUCGUUCCUUCCAGGCCCAGGCACCUCCCUUGAGGGUUCCUCACUGUGGGCGCCCACACGAGUGGGUCUGCUUGCCCCAGCCCCUGUUACUGCCCUGCCCUCCCACCUCCCCGUGUUUCCAAGUCAGCUUUCUUGCAAGAAGAAAUCCUGCUUAAAAAAAAAAAGGUCUCAUUAUGGGUAAAGAGGUGAAUGGGGGUGGGAAGUAGAGGCAUCUGGAGCAGCAUGGGUGCCCAGAUGUGCCUGAGAGACGUUUCUCUGAUAAGGUCCCUAAUCAUGCCAGAGAGACGCAUUCGGAGGUGGGAGGGCCAACCUGCUGCACGCACAGGAGGGAGGGCCUGCACUGCAGCUUUGCCUGGCUGACGGCGAGCACGCAACCCAGAACACUACUGUAACUACCUACUCAAUAAAACCUGGGGUGAACAUGC